AUGUACAAGUCAUUCUCCAUCAUCUCCGUCGCUGCCCUGGCUUCCCUGGCCAGCGCCACCGACCCAUGGGAAGGCAGCAAGGCAGCUUACCAAGCACCGCCCUCCAUCACAGUCGACUUCCAAGGUGCACCAGCUGAGGUAGCACACUACGUCCGCAGCAUCCCCGCCAAUGGCCAGCCCUUCUACACCAACGACCCGCUAUCGAUCUCUCACAUUGUCAGCGAUGGCUCGGUGCCGUGCACAUUCUACGGAGUGGAUGGACUGGUCCUUCCAAAAUCCACCCCGGGUCUGAUUGAUGUUGGCCCGCCUCAGACCAUCACUUAUGCUGUUUGCGGAUAUGCGCCUGGGUCUGGAUACAAGGCGAAGAGAUUCGAGGCUUAA